AUGGACAAUGUAAGAAGUGUAAAAGAUGGUGUAUCGCAUAGGAAGAGUGGUCGAAGUCCAACUAAAAGAUUUGAUUUUCAUCUUCUAGCAAGAUCAAGUGCAAAAUUGAAAAAGAAAGUGCUAAAGCAAGUUAAGAAGGAAAAAAUUGACAAGUUGCAUGAGAUGCUGCAGGGAAACAAUAGAGAAAGGGUCCAGGAAGUUGUAGAAGUUAUGGAUGAAACGCCAAAAAAAGGAACUCAACAAGAAAGAGUUUAA